CUUGUCUCGCUUUUUCGAAUCUUUGAGCGGAAAUACUUUUCUGGACUUGGUUUGUCGUAUCUGUCGACGAAGAGAGCAAGGAUAUUUGGGUACUCGAGCUGCUUUGAAGAUUAUUUGCUGUGAACGAGGUCUUCAUCUUGCCCUUUUCCCAUUCCCAACAUCUAUGCAACAGGCCCAUCUCGUUACCGGAUGAUUCUGGCGAAGUCCUUGUAAUCAUCGCAGACAGCCAUGGAAGAGCCUGGUCCAUCCUUGUUACUUUCACCUGCUCGACGCGAACGACCGAGACUGGGUCCUGCUGGUCCUCGUUCGAGGAGACAAACACGUCCAAGCAACGCGAGUGCUGCGUCGGCUGUGGGCGCGAGGGAAGACGAACGUGCGCGAGAGACGUCGUAUGGUUCGAAUUUCUCGGACGAACCGGAGAGCAUUAUCUCUGGGUCAUCGUCGACGGAGACUGCUAUCCCAGUGUCAACACCUGUGACAGCCGUGAUACCCGAAACGAUUGUAGAGGACCCGAGUGCCACAACAGAUUCGGAGUCUUUACUCGCGCCUUCAAUUGUUUCGUCGACAGCUCAUGGUCACUCGAGCGACAGCGCGCGACUGUCUACUGCGUCCACUGGUAUCCUCUACGGCCCGUACUCAAAUACAGAACCAGAUUUCAAUCAUGACAUGCAAAGUCCACCGGCCUACAGCGCCACCGACUUUGGUUCUCGUAUCCAUACUCCCGACCCGUCCACCACAGCAUUCUCGUCACCAUCACAGCCAGUAGUCCAUCUGGACGAAGACGUGACGAUUCGGGUACCACUCCAACCAUCGCCGAACCCGAGCCAACUACAUACACGAGACCUUCCCCUCUCGCCACCCCCACGAUUACCCUCCUCGAGCCCUACACCCAUCGCCACAGUACCCCCAGUCUCCUCAUUAUCAAUACCGCCUCCGUUCAAUUCACGAGAUUCGUUUCAUCAGUCACCGUCGCCUUCUCCGCUUCUUACGACCUCGUUCCCGCAUCAACAACGUCAUUCGACUUCUUCGAGCCCACGGUCAAGUUCACCAAGAGCCUCAACACCGUCCCGAAACUCGCCUCUUCCAUCUCGUCCUUCGACCUCGCUUUCUGUGUAUCAACACGCACCUCCUUCAACCGCUUCCGUCAAAUCAGUCAAUUCCAACUCGAAUUCCAACUCGAACACACCGAAAUCAGCUCCAAUCCCAUUGCCACCACUCCCACCAUUAAUCCCCAUCGAGUUCCCAGAUCUGCCAUUGAAUCUGAGUGCGAUUGGAGAUGAGGAUUACGCGAGGUAUAAGCCGUUAACGUUGGAGGCUGCACAGUGGACGCUGAGUAGUGGCGAAUUGCAGGCGUUGGUUAGUGCGGCGAUUAGGGAGAGUGCGGACGUUAGGUUUAUAAGACUUCUAAAACCCUCUGUUGCCACCGACCUCCUCUCCGAACUCGACCGUCUCGACUCCGAACGCCGCAUCCUCCAAGCCAAACACCGCUUCGAAGAAGGUCGCAAAAAGAUGUAUCUCCAGUCACUCUACGCACUCGCUUGUUCUUCUUCCUCCUCUUCCUCGCUCCCCGACGACGCACAACCAGAACGGGGCGGGCCCUCACCCUCAACUGCGUCCAUUCAACACUCGCAUUCGCUCGCCUCCCUGACCACGUCUUUGAGCAAUAGUCUGUCCAUACAAGCAGAUUUGAUCAGCGAGUUGUUGAUCGCUACGCAUCUCCAUACACAACUAUCGGCGCUGCAUGCACACCAUCUCACGUCUGCGCUUGCUGUCGCGCUCCGUAAGCUGAAUACGAGUUAUGGGAAACGGACGAGGGAGUUGGAGAGGGAGAGGAGAGAGAGAAGGGAAGAAAGGGAAGGGUGGAAGGUUGUUAGGGAGGGGUGGGAGGAGGAGAGGGAGGAGGGAUGGAAAAUCGCUGUUGAGGUUGGGGGACGGUUAGAUGGGGAGAGGGCGAGUUGGGAUGUGGAGAGGGAUGCGUGGAGGUUGGAGAGAGAGAACUGGGAAACGAAGCAGGAGGGUUGGGAGAUGGAGAAGGAGGCGUGGCGGAAGGACAAGGAGAGGUUGGAGAGGCAGCGGGGGAGUUGGGAGAUGGAGAGGAGGGAGUGGGAGGAUGAGAAAGGGUGGUGGAUCGGUGAGAGGAAGAAGUGGGAAGUGGAGAGGAGGGAGCUUUUGGAGAAGAUGGAGGCUGCUGGGCUGUUAGAUUCAACUUCGGAGAAUCCGUCACCGGUCAAGUCACCCCCUCCGAUACAUCUGGACGUUUCCAUUCAGACCGACCCCUUACCACUCCCCACCGCACCCACUCCCGAUAUCGACUCCUCACCUCACACCGACCCGCUCCUCGACCCCCAAUCUCAACUACAAAGAAACGAUUCCGGAUCUUGGGAAUCUACAAUCGACGGCCACUCCUUCCGCGAUAACGCAAGUAUCAAUACCCAAGACCACCAAGUCGUAGGCGUCAUGGGCACCGCGGUGGCGAGUAAAGCUCGACUCACUAUGAUUCCUUCGCCUCGGUUGGGUGAUUUUGCAGAACAACAGCAACAGGGAGAAGAUGAUAAACCACCUCUUGUACAAGAAAAAUCGUCCGCCCCUCCUUCAUCAUACCCUUCUGCGAUACCGAACACCUCGACCGCUUUAUCUAAUCAGGAGUCAUCAUCACCCGUUGACCAGAAGACCCCCACGGCCAAGCACGACCGUCGUCUCUCAGAAUCGAGUCAAGUGUCGCAGGUGUCCUUGGUGAGCGCGGCGAGGAAACGGAGUAUGAGGGCUAGCAAAGCGUCACUGAGGAUUCCAGCGAGGGUCACCGCGAAGGUCAAUGCUAGGAGCCCGACUAGUACUAGUAGUGCUAAUCCGAUUUUGGGUGGGACGGCAACGACGGAUUCGCCGACGUUGGGGGCGGGGUUGAGUCCGAUCUUGGGUGAGAUUGGGGGUACGGCGGCGGGGAUAUCUGGCUCGCCGAUCGUUCAGUCGUCACUCUGGAGUACGGGCUCAGGGUCAGAAGCUAAGGAGGGUGGUGAAGGAGACGAGGUUAAGAGCGUGAGGAGUCGGCGGGCGAGGUCGAGGUCUAGGAGUCGUUCAAGAGCGGAUAUUUCCACUCGGGUGCCUAGUGUACACGGCAAGGGUAAGGGGCAUACGCAUGGGAGAGGGAGGAGUAGAGGUGGGAGUUUGGGAGGGAUUAGUGCGACUGAUAUGCCGCCUUUGCCUGGUGCUUCUGUCAAUGGCGAGGGGGUGGCGGUGGGUGGAGGGAAAGAGAGGGAAAGGGUCGUGUCGGUGGAUGGGGUUAGUAUGAAGGGUAAGGGCAAGAGAAGAGAUAUGGACGCGGACGUGGAUGAGAAUGAGAAUGGAGGAGAGGAUGAUGAUGCAUACAUGUCGUUCCUUGAGUUAGGAGGGAGGGCGUUGGAGUUGGAGAGUGAACUGGGCAAGGGAGGGGCGGAGAAGGAAGUUUCUGCUCCUCGCCCAUUCUCCGCCACCCUCCCCACACGCAACCGUUCACCUACCCGCAACCUCCUCGCCGCCUUCGCGUCUCCAACCAUCUUCACAACUUCAUCCCGGUUCCGUCAUGGACGUCCCUCUACCGCCGACUCGCCCACGAGCACCACACAGGCACAGGCACAGGCAGGAAAUGCUGCGGGUUACUCCGCAUCAGGAAAUCAGAGCUACGGCUAUCCACGCCAACAGACCGCCUCCGCCUCUGCGCUCUCGCUCACUUUCUCUGCCAAUCCCAUGGCGAUGUCCUCCGCUACGAUUGACGACGAUGUUGCUGCUGCCCCUGUCGACGCGCCUGUGAAUCUCAACGACGAUAGUGUUGUACCCACGACCACGACUUUGCCUUCAGCAGAAGAUGUCGUAAAUGGGAAUGGGAUUGGAGGUAGUAAAACAAGAACACGAAGACAACGGUAUGGCUACGGCGGUGGCAGGACUCGAGCUGAAUCUCGAAGCGACUCGUUCGUCAUCCCGCCAUUGGGUGUAGGACUCGAAGCUAUGGGUAUCGCGCCGGUCUCGUCCAGGCCGUCGACGUCUACGCAGUCUAGUACCGCAUCGCCUGCGACGUCUGCUUCAGCUUCCGCUAGUACUGGAGUCGUCUUUGCAGAAGGUGGAGGUGGGAUUGGUGUAGGUAUGAGACGGGCGAUGUCACCUGUGGCACUGGGGAAGAGGAAAAUCAGUAUGAGUAGGGGUGUGGCGCCUGCUAUGGAUAGGAGGGGUCGUUCGUUGGACUUUCAUGUCGGAGGGUUUGGGCUAGGGAGAGGAAGGAGUGGGUCCGGAUCCGGGUCUGCUGCUGGAUCCAGCGAACAGAUCAAGGAGAAAGUGGAGAAGGAGAAAGGAGGGGAGGGAGUGUUGAAGAGGAGUAUGUCGGAUAUGUGGAAAGGAUUCGGAGAAUUGGGGAUGGGGAUUGCAGGAGGGAUUGGGAAGAGGAGGAAGAGUGCGCCGAUGGUUAGUAUGUCGGCUGCUGAGGAGGGGGCUGAGGAAGAAAAUGCGGUUCCAGGGGAGGUCGAUCUAUCUCAGCCUUCUCAUGCUCCGGCGAUAAUCGAGGGCGUUCCUGUGGAAGAGGAGGGUGAUAUGCAUAUUGAGGAGGGUGUUAUCAACAUCGAGGCACCCAGUGCGCAGACCGGUGGAGAGUCUGACACAGGCGGAGGUGUGUCGGACUCAGGGGCCGCUGAGGGAUCGUAAUGUGGUCGUGUUUUCUGCAAGUUUUCUGUCUCGUUCCACCGUUCCUUUCUUCAGGAUGUAUAGCAAGAUAUCAUUCCCUUCUCUUUCGUUUUGGUUUGUUCUCACGGAGGAUAUGUAUCUAUACCAUAUAUUUUCAUUGUUUCUGCUUACUUUUUAUUCUCUUCGUGUUUGUUCAAUUGUCGCUCAUUAACGAUCUGGUGCUAUCCACUGGUAUCUCGCGCUCUCCGCUCUUUAUUUUCAUGUUUUAUUCGCGCUUCCUUCUAUAUAUACUAUGACUGAGCUUUUGUCUCGGUACUUACAUCGGCACGUUCAUUUUAUCCUUUGUGUUCAUUUCUGUCUCUUAUCACUGUGCUUUGCUACGUUCUGAAUCUGUUUGCUUAUUCCUGUGCCACUGGUCUGUUGUUCAUCCUGUCUCGUUAGUCGGAGCUAUCCAUGUAUAUACAGUAUCUUUAUGUGCACGCCAGUUGAUGGUAUAAUUCUC